AUGGCAGCCGACCUCAGCUAUUGGAUGGCCAUCGCCGGCCGCACCGUGCUCGUCUUCUUGUUUGUCGUUGUCGCCGUGGUCGUGUGCGUCGUCUUCAUUUUCGUGUGCACCAUCGAGGUCAAGGCAUGGUGGCAAUCGCCACGGAUGCGCCUCUUCAGGCUCGGCGGCGUCACCACCCUGAGGCGGAAGCUGAACUACCCCUGCACCCUGUGCCAAGACAGCAUGGAGGCCGGCGACAAGGUCCGCACACUCUCGUGCGACCACGCGUUUCACUGCGGUGGCAGCGUCAAGUGCGAGAAGGACAUCGACAAAUGGCUUCAAACUGGGCUGACAACGUCCUGCCCAAUAUGCCGCCAGAUUCCCUAUCCCGUGCGGCCGUGGAAGCGGCCACCGCCAUCGUCGCCAGGACCUUCACCCGAAGUGUCGGCGCCAGCGCUACCGCAGUUACCGUGGAUGUCGUCGACGCCGGAUUUGGAGGCGCUGCUGCCUCCGGCGCACGACGAGACACUACCAGAGGCGUCGUCAUCAGCAUCGGCACCACCACUAGAAGCCUAG